UUUAUCAUUAGUAAUUCUUGUACAUGCAAUUGUAAAGAUCAUGUGGGUCACCAAAGAAAAAUAUGUGUAAAUUGAAAGCGUCAAAGUCUAUGCUGUGUUUACAAUGAAAAGAAAAUGGAGAUUUACUUCAUACUGGUUGCCAGUUUUCUUAGCUCUGCACUGUGUGAGCACAUUACAUCCAAAUGCCAUGGUAACAACUACAUGAAUUCUAUAUGUGCCAACCAAUCAGAGGUUAUUGCCAUCAAACAACUACAGUAUGGAGCAAAAUCAAAUGACAAAAACUGUCCCCAGAAUGAGCAGCAUAACAAUAAUACGUGUUGUUCGCAUGAGCAUACUGACUGUUUAGAAGAUGUGAAUGAUUAUGCCAAUAAAUAUUUAUAUUUUUCUCGCUUGUCUGGACUAAGUGGUAUUUCACAAAAUACAGCCACACCCUGGAUCCGAAUGAAUUGUGGAAAUCGCACUUUCUCUGACUAUGUACAGGUGGUGUUUGAUUGUAUUAAAGAUUCAGAAAUCAAGAACUUUUGUGACUAUCAGAAAAUGGCCUCAACAAAUAAAGGUCUGUACCUCCAUAGGGAACGAUAUUUUAACAUUAAAAAUACUUGUGAGUGCAUGAUCAAACCAUCAGAAAGAUCUACAAUCAACGUAUUUGCCGUUGACGUGAGAUUGCAGCCAAAUUACCCUGUUAAUGAAAACCUCACUGGGGACUGUACAAAUGCAACAAAUAUACUGACAAUUAGUGAUAACAACAAUGUAACGAGCAUUGAAUGUGAAAAUGACACCAUUUAUGGAGAAUUUGAAAAACUAUAUUCUUCAUCCGGAAACUCUAUUAAUAUAUCAUACUCAGAAGAAGGAAAAGAGCCACAAAGUGUUUGGAUAUUCGUUAAUGCCAGCAAAGGAGAUUUUGAAAUCGAAUGUAAUCCACGACUCUCCACUACAACUUCAACAACAAAAUCAACAACAACAGGCACAACCAAAAAUUCAAAUCCACUCGUGACGUCACCUGGUAAUCAAGGAAAUAGUCACAAAAAUAAAACUACACAACCAUCGGGACCAAAGACAAAAUCUCCAGGGUCUAAAAAUUCAGAUUCGAAUGUCAUCGAAACUGGACCCUCGGCCAGAGUGAGAGAGAGAGCCAUACAAAAUACGGCAAUAUACUGCGUCAUAGGGGCAGCCGUUAUAGCGACCAUAUUGAUUAUCACGGCCGGGUUUUUCAUUCGUAGGAACAGAAAGACAGCAGAGCAACAAAGAAAAUAUAAAAAGGUGCACGAAGCAAGACUCAGCCAAUCCGACUCCUCCAUUUUCACACUGGAAAAAUUACCCAGGGAAACCAUAACAAACUUUUCUGCAGGUUCGGAGGACUAUUUGUAUUGACAAAUCCCUUAUAAGGAAGGCUUUUAGAACAACCAAUAAGGUCCAUUGAAAUUUUUGAUAUUUAAAAGAACUGCUCUCUGUAACGUUUUCUAAUGCUGUACAUUAUAUUCCUUAAUAUAAGGGGAAAAGUUUUUUGUAACGCUGUACAAUUUUUUAAUACAGAGUUUUAGUAUAAGAGCAUGAAAUGAAUUUGUAUUUGAACAAAUUUACGUGAUCUUUAUGUUUGCAGAUUUUUUUACAUGCAUUUAGAGUUACAAUUUCAUGAACAAUGUGCCUAAUAUUAGAUUAUCAUAACUUAUGUAUGUCAGUCACUUAUUUUAUUACCAAUCUUUACUACAUUUACUGCAUUUGCAGGAAAGUAAUGCUUACAUAUAUCUUUAAAUGCUAUUUUUAAAUUCUACAAGUCUAGGGUCCAAAAAAUUUAAGCAUGCUUCUUGUUUCAGAUAGUUCAUUUGUUUUCCAAAAGAAAAAAAAAAUCUCCCUUCGUCUACAUAAAUAUGUUUCAGUGUGUAACUGAGUUUAUUCUGUGUCUUGGGGUAGUCUAUUUUUGUGCGAAGAUUUAUUGAAGACAGUAGAAAGUGUGGCAUUACGAAACUGUACAGACAGACGACAGAUCUUUAUCCAAGAAACGCCUUUGUCCGAUAGAGUUUACGUUAAGCUUAUUUUCAAAUUUUAGUUUCAACACUUUAACACCUUUAUGAUACUUCUUUUCACAUGUAUAAAUGUUUUUACGAGUGGUUUUGUGUUAUUUUUUAAAAAUAUUAUAUAAAAUUUUCUUGAGAAUA